AAUUUUCGCGAUGGAAAAUAUCUCGUAGAAUCCAAAGUGAUCCGCCGACGCGUCGAAUCCGAUCAUUCGACCGCGUGUGUUUUCCGCAUCGUCGUGCUUCGUCCGUUCGCCGCGAAGUAUCAUUAUCUUUCCUAUUAGGCAGCUAACAACGAGUAUGAAGCAGAUCGUCACCAAUCAAACGGUUAAAAUCCCAGAGGGAUUGACUGUCACCGUCAAGUCCCGUCUGGUGACGGUGAAAGGUCCGAGAGGUGUAUUGAAACGAUCCUUCAAGCACCUUGCACUUGACAUUCGCAUGGUCAGCGCGAGGUUACUGAAGGUAGAGAAAUGGUUCGGCACGAAGAAAGAAUUAGCCGCCGUUCGUACCGUGUGCUCGCACAUCGAGAACAUGCUGAAAGGUGUGACAAAGGGAUACCAAUAUAAAAUGCGAGCUGUAUACGCUCACUUUCCUAUCAACUGCGUGACCACGGAGAAUAACACAGUUAUAGAAAUCCGUAACUUCUUGGGCGAGAAGUACAUACGUCGCGUCAAAAUGGCACCAGGGGUGACUGUCGCGAAUUCCGGCAAACAGAAGGAUGAAUUAAUUAUAGAAGGAAAUUCCUUAGAGGACGUAUCUCGUUCGGCUGCUCUUAUCCAACAGUCGACAACAGUAAAAAACAAGGACAUUAGAAAGUUUUUGGAUGGACUAUACGUGUCUGAAAAAACGACAGUUGUACAAGAUGAUGAAUAAAUCCUUCCAUGUAUGACUGAACAAUAGAAUUUAUUAAUGCACGUAUUUUUAUUGUCCUGCUCUUGAAAUAAAUGUACACUUUUUAAUUGUC